ACUUUAAAAUGUUGCUAUACAGGUAUUCUGUACCUUACAGCAGUCAGUUCCCAGUGGUUGCCUGGCGUCUCUGAACAGUAAUCAUGGUUAAAUUUGUGAAAUCUUUGGAAGAGUUCAACAACAUCCUGUCUCAAGCAGGAAACAAACUGGUGGUGGUGGACUUCACAGCUUCGUGGUGUGGUCCCUGCAAAAUGAUAGGUCCAGUAUUUGAAAAUCUGGCAGCGGAUCCUGCAAACGAAAAUGUGAUUUUCUUCAAGGUGGAUGUGGAUGAAGCUUCAGAUGUGGCCGGGAAUUGCGGAAUCAGGGCCAUGCCUACAUUCCAAUUCUACAAAGAUAGAAAGAUGGUGGAUGAAUUUUCUGGUGCUGACAAGAAAAAACUAGAAGACAAAAUCAAAGCGCUGAGGCAGUAGUCCUGCUGAUCAGUCCAAACACGACCACACUGCGCUGUUUCCUUCAGUGUUUAUAUGGAUCGUCUGUAAUAAUGGGCUACAAAUAUAUUUGAAUCUGAUUAGUGA